AUGUCGGACAGCGAAUACAGCAGCACCGAAAGUGUUUCAGAGCAAUUUUCAUUAAUCGAUAGUUCAACUGACGGAGAUUAUGAAGUUGUGAACUUACAAGCUCACGCUCCAUACCAAGACGAACCACUGGCUCUGCCUGGGCAAGCGCGAGUGAAUUUUGAGGAAGACAAGGAUGGCAUUCCUCGUGAAACACUGGAGGCCAGAUUCGAGAAGAGAGUUGCUGUGAAUGACUGGUGCUCGUGUUCACAGUGUAAAGAUGAACUGUUGGUGGGUGCGUUAGAAUACAGAUGCUGCAGGGAAGUACACUGUGCUAUUGGCAAGGCAGUUUUUGAUGGCACAAUUGAUGGAAUAUCAUGUAUCAUCCAACACCGCGAUUACAACGCAUUGGUCAAUACAGAGGUCCUGAUGAUGGUUGGGCCUUUAUUGAAAGACUCGCAAGGGCAAGCAUACAAGAGAAGAGCAGGACAAGGCAGAAACGAGUAA